AUUCAAAAACUGAUAGAGUGCUGCUCAAAUCACUGGUUUUUUUUUUUAUGAGAAUCUUUAAUGGCUUCCUUGCUAAUUCGUGCGUGCAUUAGUUUAGCUGUGGGGCUUAGCCCUCAUAAAUGCCUUCCUCCAUUCCUGACUCUAUAAAUGCUUGUAUUUACACCACGAACUGCCUUAUCGUUAAAACCAGGCAAGCUCUUUCAUUUUUCACACUUUUUUUUCUCUUCUCUACACCCUUUUUUGAGAUCGUUUCCAAUGAUAAAAAAGUGGUUUCCUGGCAUAACUGAGGUGGCAUUUAGGUGUGGAGAGGCUGUCUCUUUGUGGGUUUUUGCUGCAAUGAGAGAUCUUGGAUUUGGGUUCUUAAUUGAAGUGUUGAAGAGAACUGUCUUUGCUGCUUUCACCUGCAUUUUUGCUUUAGGAGGGGCUAUAGUAGGAACUUUUGUAGGAGCAAUGAAAGGCCAAACAACAGAAACUGGAUUUUUCCGGGGAGCUGGAAUUGGUGCUGUUGCAGGUGCAAUCACAGCUGUUCAAUUGCUGGAAUCAUUGGCUGAUGGGGAGUCAUUGUCCAAGGGAGCCUUAUUAGCUAGCUUAGUAAAUGGGAAGGUCUUCAUCGAAUGGGUAAGUCCAGCAGUGCUAAAAGCUUAUCAAUGGCAAAUGAACUCACUUGAAUCGACAUACCGAGAAAUCUCAGACAUAUACGAUGUAAAUGGAGCAAAGGGAUUGUCUAGAAGUUGCAUUGAAAAGCUUCCAGUGCAUGAAUUUCAUUCCAGUGAGAUGAUCAAAUCAAGGGAAGAACCUUCUUGUUCAAUUUGCUUACAGGGGCUAAAGGAUGGAGAAUUGACAAGAAAUCUUCCUAGAUGUGGGCACUUCUUCCACUUAAAGUGCAUAGAUGAAUGGCUGAGCAGGCAAGGCACCUGUCCGAUGUGUAGAGAACAUGUUUUUAAUGAUGCUGAGGAAUUGUUCAAAUUUUGAUUCACCAAAGAACAAAAAUGGUGAUUGGGUUUUGAAUUGUGUCAAUGUUAAACUUGGAAGGAGAAUGAAUGUUGAUGGAAUAUGAUGUAAAAAGGAAGAAAAAAAAAAAUCUGUUGUAUAUAGUCCAUUGCAAGGUUUCCUAGC